CUUAAAAAAUACUCAAUUCCUUAUACCUUCGCGGCCAGAUCGUGCGCGCCCCGUUCUACUCCACUCCCGUCUGUCUCAGUUACAGCCGAAGGACUUUCCUUUUUCAGGCUUCAUUCCGCGGCAGCGAGAUUUUUUGGCUCCACGCGCUCUCUCUCUCGGCUCUGUGUUUGAUCGCCGGUGCUGUGACUGGCAGAAAUGGCAGCCAGUGGCGAUAAGAUUGACUACGUUUUUAAGGUGGUGCUGAUCGGUGACUCGGCGGUGGGGAAGUCUCAGAUCUUAGCGCGGUUUGCCCGAAACGAGUUCAGCCUCGACUCGAAGGCCACCAUCGGGGUCGAGUUCCAGACGCGGACCCUUGUCAUUCAGCACAAGAGCGUCAAGGCUCAGAUCUGGGAUACAGCCGGUCAGGAAAGGUAUAGAGCAGUGACGAGCGCAUAUUACCGAGGCGCUGUCGGUGCCCUGCUCGUCUAUGACAUUACCAAACGCCAGAGCUUCGAUCACAUACCACGAUGGUUGGAAGAGCUACGGGGCCAUGCCGACAAAAAUAUUGUUAUCAUGCUGGUCGGGAACAAAUCUGACCUGGAAGAUCAAAGGGCAGUGUCAACUGAGGAUGCCAAGGAGUUCGCGCAGAAGGAAGGUCUCUUCUUCUUAGAGACUUCGGCCCUUGAAGCCACAAAUGUUGAGGCUGCUUUCAUGACCGUUCUUACCGAGAUAUUCGGCAUCAUCAGCAAGCGAAACCUUUCCGCCGAUGCACAAUCCAACGGAGGCGGUCCUCCGCCACUUGCCGGAAAGAAAAUAGUUGUUGCUGGUCCUGCACAGGUGAUCCCCAAGAACAGGACGUGCUGCCAGUCUUCCUGAUUCUAUCAUUUGGUAUCUCUUCUGCUUCAGAGUUCAUUUGUGCUUUAUGGAUGGGCAUGACAUGUGUUUAUUUGAGCCAUAUUUUGAUUGUAUUUUUAUGUACUUAGUUUUCCAGAUUAUAAGGCUUAUAGUAAUAUCUACUUCACUUCUGAAAGAGAGAGAGAGAGAGCACAAAUGGGCUAGUUGUUGCAGCUUGAGAUUAAGAGAGAGCUUUUGUCCGUAUCAUAGCUAUGAACCUGUAGAGGAGGAUACCUUUUUUUCUCUGCCAGGUGUGUUGGCGUUCAUUGUUUUGUGUCUCUGCAUUCAUAUAUGUAAUUGGCAUUAUAUAUUUGUGCUCGAAUCUUUGUUUAUCUGAUAUGAUCAUGACCAGUUUCUAUUAA